AUGGGCCAGUUUUGUCCAGGCAGCAGGGCAGCGCGGCGGCUGGAGGGCGUGAGAAGGGCAGCCGCCACGCCCCCGGCCACCAGCGAUCCCAUGCACCAGGGGCACUAUAUAACCCGCCGCCGCCGCCACCACCUCACACAACUCUCUCAGCGAUCACUGCACAGAGACAAGAUGCGUGGUGCCGUGUUGACCCUCGCCGUAGUGGCCUCCUGCUGGGCCCUGGCCGCCAGCACCCCCACCGUGGGUCUUGGUGCUGGUCUGCUUGGUCCUUUGGUCGGUCUGAAGGUGCUGGGCGGCCUCCUGGGUGGGUUCGGCCACCACCGCGGUCUGGGCCUUGGUAUUCUGAAGCGGUCGGUGGACCAGCAGCAGCAGCAGGCCGCAGCUGUGGCCCCUGAGAUGCUGUCCAUGGUGGCCCAGCUGGACCCCCAAGGGUGCCUGCUCAAGCUUCUGUGCCACAUGGAGACCAAGGAGGCCGAGGCACUCAGCCGGCACGAGACCAUCCUGGCUGGACUGUUCCGCGAUGCCAGCGACGCCGCCACGCCCUCCAGCGCCGCCUUCACCUACGCCGUCGGGAUCGGCAGCAAGAGUCGCGACGCCGCCGUGUGCGACAAGGUGUUCAGCAAGUGUCCGCUCAAGUACGCCCAGCUGUCCUCCGUGCUGGAGGAGUCCUGGGCCUGCCCCAUCGGAGGCGCCCUUCAGAGCUAAGGUAGCAUGCCUGCCUGCCUGCCUGCCUGGAACCUGUCCGUAUCCUGUCUAGAACCUGCCUGCCUGGAGCCUGUCUGGAGCCUGUCGACCUACGUGGCUGGCUGGCCGAUUGACUAGCUGACAGACCGACUGAUCUUAGCGCUACUGAUUGAUUCACCACUUAACUAUUUGUCUUACCUGGCUACCUACUACCAAACACACACACACACACACACACACACACACACACACACACACACACACCUUGCCAUACUAACACCUCAACUCUCAUAUAUUAUUUUCUCUUUUUAAAUAAUGAAUAAAUAAAUGAAGAGAAAAA